GUGGUCGCCACACACCCCAAAUCCUUCCCCACGCCUCCUACUCAAGGCAACAUACGAUCCAUCCAUCCAUCCACAACCCCCACCAACCCAAGAAACACCGCCGGCCGCAGCCACCAAGACCCAUCCAUGGCGACCCUGUUCUCCGCAGCCGCUGCCACCUCGUGCCGUCUCACCUUCCCGCUUGCCGCGCCGGCGCCGGCGCCAGGCGUUGGCCGCGGCCGGGCCCGACGGGGCACGGUGGCCGUCCGUGCGGAGGCAGACACCGCCGCCGCUGGGAGCGGGAUAAACCCGGCCAUCCGGAAGGAGGAGGCCAAGGUGGUCGACACCGUCCUCGCCGGGGAGCUCUCCAAGCCGCUCACCCCGUACUGCCGGUGCUGGAGAUCGGGAACAUUUCCACUGUGUGAUGGAAGCCAUGUGAAGCACAACAAAGCAACGGGUGAUAAUGUGGGCCCCUUGCUUGUUAAAAAGUAGAAUGAGUUAUUUUUCCUCAAUUUGUGUUGAGUGGAAUAAUAUGUAUGCGUAAUUGGUUUUACGUUUUUUUCUCAAAAGAAAUGAAGUUCUAUGCUGCAGCAAGCCAACAACCCCGUUGAUCAAAAGAGCAGAAUUAAGAGAGAAAAUAAGUAUUAUUUCUGCUCAUAUUA